AUGUAUACUGUUUUAUUCUACUUUCAUCCCUCUGAGCGUUAGAUACUAAAGUGACGCCAAACGAAGUAUAUAGCUUACAAUACAUUGAGCUCAGGCUGAGCUUUCAACACUUAUAAAUAGUAAGUAAUGUCAGAGUCUUCUCAAUGGUUACGAUUCGAGUGUUGGGAAGGGUGAGGGUGACGUGAAUUUAAACAGCGAAGCGUAAAAAGUUUAUACCUUUUUCGAAGAUACAUGGCAAACUCCCCAAGUUUACGGUUUCUUAAUCACUUUAAGAACGGGAAAGGUGAAAAGAAAGAGAAAAGUGAAACCGUUGCUCCUACAGUUCAGGUUUCAAAGCCUUCAACUCAUCAAAGUACUGUUCAGGGCUGGCUCAAAAGUGUACGAUCUUAUGGACAAGCCACUACAAAAGACCCUAUAAGUGUUCCUCUUGAUGUAGAUAACUACAGUAACUUGAUAGAUAAUGAUCAAACAAACGAUGUAAAGAUCAGGCCUGGAUCAUUAACUUCUGAAGAUAGUGUAAAUCUGGAUGAGCUCAUUAACGCCAACUAUACCUCUGAUGUGGAUAAUGAAACAGACUUACCAGACCUCGGCGAACUAGACAUUGAUGACUCGGUGGAUGAUUUCUGGCGAUUGGACAAAGUAAUAUCAUGAUUACGCUUUGUGUUUUAUAUGCAAAUAUUGAAUGACUUUCCCUAUAGAAUGAAUGCAAUACGGAUAUAAACUGUGGGUUCGACCAAUAUUUGCCCAACAAGUCUGUAGUGAA